CCCUAUAAAACUUAGUGUUUAUUUUAAGAGCACUCUUGUUCUAUUGUUAUCUCGGUAUAUGACCCCAUAAUAUAUGAAACGAGUAGCGUUGUGUCGUGUGACACAGAUGAUAUCCAGUCAUAUCAUAGUAUUGGGGGUCGAACCCCUAAUCUUCCGUUUAGAAGACGGAUGCCUUAUCCAAUUAGGCCAAUCGGGCUUGUUGUUUUGUCACGGAGCGUGGAAUAAUGAAAAAUUACAUCUGCAAUAUCGGAGAUCGAACCGGAGGAGGAGUAUGCUGGACCGGACAAUCGUCAAGUCAUGCUCAUCCUCUGAUGUCGUAUUUGAGGCACGAUGGCAAUAUUAUAUGAGUAAAUUACUCAAAACGUCUAACGAAAUAUAUGAGUACUGCUCAUAUCUUCGUUCCCGUUUGGUUAUCUAUGGCUAUAUGACAUUCAGGUAUAUAGCAGGAUUGGUAUAUGUACUCGUAGGAUAUAUUGAUUCAACAACCAAAACAUAGUAGGUCACGGUACUGCUCCCUGUUCUGGAAAUAAAGUAUGGUUGGAGAUAAAAAAGGCUCAAUCACUCUUUAUUAACACAAUAACUGUUCACGCAAUCAAAAGAACACCACGCACGAAUAUCUCUUCCUAGCCAACAUCUAUAAUCAUUCCCACAGUAUCUGAGCUACACAACUGGUGGCCGACAGAUAUUGGAUUAUAGAUGUAGCUGCAUGAUCACCCUGGAUCUGCCAGGAUAGCACAUUACAAAUCAAUCCGCUCUGGGAUGGACGAGUAAUUAUCCACCUAAAGGGAAGACCUAUUCUUUUACGGAAACCUCUGAUUCACUGAGUAUUAUUUGACCAUAAUACAUCAGUGUCAGCUAUAGAUCCCGAUACAAUCAUUUCGUAGACAGCAAACACAAUAAGUCUUUAUUAAUAGCAGUAAUUUUAGUUUUCUUUUCUUUUUCUUUAGUUUGUUUUUGAAAGAGAAAUAAAGA